UAUAACACUUUUUUUCUUAUAAUAUAUUUAUUAUAUAAUAUUAUUAUUCUUUGUAAAGAAAAUAAAAGAAACGCGUUCCAAAUGGAAGAUAUCAAUUUGCCGAACGAUCCUUGGAAUAAUCCUGGGAUAAGUAAUAUGAUAUUGGCCUAAUCGUCGCGAUGACGUCCAUCGAAGAAGACAAUUCAAUUUGUAAAACAUCAAUAAAAGUAAUAAUAAAAACGAUAUCGACGACUACGAUUACGACGAGACCAAAAGCACGAGCAACAGCGAUAGCAACAGGAGGAAUAAUAUCUGGGAAAACGAUCGAGAUAGAAGAAGACAGGUUACAGUUAUAUUAUUCGUAGCAUCAUCAAGUUGCGAGCUUUUUCACCGAGCUCGCUUCGGCUUUUCUAUGGAAUCACGAGCUAUGAUAUAAUCGACGAAUUUCUACGACACGUCGUCCAUUUAACAACGAUUACGAUUACGAGGCAAUAGAAAAAAAAGAACUAAAAAAUAAAAAAACAUUUUCUUUCUAUCUUGUCCUGUUUAUCUCUUUCUCUCUCUCUUUCUCUCUCUCUCUUUCUCUUUCUCUCUUUUUCUCUCGCUGGCAACCGCUUGCUUGUGUGUCCUUUCUGUUAAGAACAAUCCUCCUAUAAAAAUAUUUAAACAUAAUUUCACACGUACACGCAAGACGCGAUGAACGCGUCGCGUUAUUUCAAAAUAACAAGAAUAUUAUAAGCUUAUACAAUGACGUAUCACGGAUCGUAUAAAAGUGAUUUCAUUACUAUGUUAUUAUAUUUCGCGUUGUUCGAGUGGUACGAUAGGCGCAGUGUUUGUGAUCAAAAAGAAGGAACUCUGAGACAUUGGUAAAGGGAGGGGGGGGGUGGUAAGGGGGUUAAGGAAGAGAAGAGAGGAGGAAAAAUAAAAAAAAAUAAAAAAGAGGAGAACAAGAGUAAGCUAGCUGCCACCGUUGCAACGAGGAGAACUUGGAAAGGCUGGUGAAGAGGGGGAAGAAAAAAAGGGGUGACAAGGGGAGAAGAUAGAAAGAGAGAAAUUGUCGAGAGAGUAAUGAUCGUGACGACGUUCUUGCAGACAAAUGAACACCUCCGCACAGCGUUUGGAAUAUCCCAAAGAUGUGAGGAAUGAUCACGUGGGUGAUGGUCGGGCUGCUCCUGGCUGCGGAAACUUGCGGCAGAAACGUCCAAUCUGGAAACGGGAAGGAGGAGACGAAACAGAAGAACGGCCUGAAGGGAAUAGCCACGGAUGAGGAGGACAUCUAUCGUCUAACGUGCUACACUUGCGUCAACGUCAGCGACAACCAGAUGUGCAACGAAUGGGCGAUAGAUACGCCAUGUCCGGCAGGCGACCGUGACUUCUGCCGAUCCCUGCACAUUUUGGAUAGCCGAGGGAACAGCGUCUUGGUGAGCAAAAGCUGUGCGAGUAGUGCGGAAUGUGGCCCAUCCUCCGUCGGUUGUAUUCCAGUGGACACGCAGCAGAUCUGCAUAAGUUGCUGCGAUUUGAGCUACUGCAACGUCGAGUCCCCAACAAACGCGACGAAUGCGAUUUAUUCGCGCAAACGACGGGCCAAACCGAAAACGAAACGCAAACGACCCGGUAGAAACGGAGUCGAUGGUACGGACUCAAGGUUUUACGGAUCCGGAGUGUUCUGGCUCUUAGCCUCGAUCUUCUAUGCAUAUCAUUGCUGAGAAAGGAUGAAAGGGAGAGAGAGAGAGAGAGAGAGAGAGAGAGAAAACAUCGACUCGGGCCAACUUGCAAUCUCAAAGUCUCUCUUUGAUUAUCUUCCAUUAAAAACGGAGAGGAAGAUUAAGGAAUGCGUAUGAGCGUAUGAAUAUCUUCCUUUUCUAGGGUGGGGGGUGGGGAGGGGUUUCGGGGGUUAAAGAAAAACAAAAAAAAUAGAUUCUCUCAUCGUCGUCAUCCUUUUCCUCGGAUUACGCGCAGACGUUUGCGAAAAUUCCUCGCCGAAAUAUUCUGAGAGGAUGGUUCUUUUCUUCUUUUUUUCUUUUUUUUUGUGGGUUUCGGUAGAAAAUAUUAAAUAAAAUAAAAUCAAAUCAAAU